AGCCUAGCCAUUGUUUCGGUUGUCGGCUAACAUGGCAACGAAAGCUAGCGCUAGCAGCGUCGGCUAAACGGGCUCCUCCGCCGCCGUAUCACCGCAGAAGUUCUCGCUGUGGUCGCCCUGCAGGAUGUGUGACAGUCGUGAGGCCAGUGAGCAGUGCCUGUCCCUAUCGUCUUCAUCCUGGGCCAGUCCUCCCAUUUCACCGUCUCCCUGAAUCUGUCCCCCAGUCCACCAAGAUGACCGACAGGAAGGAGCCGCCCUUCUUUAAUGACGACAGUGCUGGAGCUUUCCAUUACAAGAUCCCUUUCUAUGACGAUAUGGAGCUCUUCAUAGAGACGUUGACGGGGACCUGCUUUGAGCUGCGCGUGCUGCCCUUUGAGGCUGUCAUUUCAGUCAAGGCAAAGAUCCAGAGGCUGGAAGGAAUCCCUGUUGCCCAGCAACAUCUUAUCUGGAACAAUCUGGAGCUCGAUGAUGAACAAUGUCUCCAUGACUAUGGCAUUGCAGAAGGCUGCACCUUGAAACUGGUCUUAGCUAUGAGGGGAGGGCCAAUCAACACCAGGAGAGUAACGAUAGAAGAUCCUAUCAAAGAGGUGGCUGACUUGAUGGAGAGCACCAAGGAGGAGGGUUGGGAGAGGAGCACGGCCAACAAGCAGGUCACGUUCGUGGUUUAUCGAGAGGGCGACCAGCUAAGUUUCUUCAGAGUGGUCGACAGGGGGGAUGGCACGCUGACCCCUUUGUCUGAAUCGCUGAGUGGUGGAUCAGUGUACAAUGUGUACGCAGAGGAGGAGGAGGAUGGAGAGAACUCUUCAGCUGCAAAGCAGAGCCUCGAGAACUCCAUCACGAUGAACAAAAUGAAGCUUCUCAAAGCCAAGAUGGAGGACAUGAACCUGAACAAGAAACCGAAGAAGUCAGCGAAGGCGAAGCCGCGCCCCCCUGUCGGCCCACACCCCUGCGGCGGCUCCCUAGGACCUUCCAGCUCACGACACCAUCAUCGCCUCUUUCGCUCGAUCCCCCAGACCAACCAGCCUCGGCAGUCAAAUGCACAACUACCUCCAAUUGCUGACCAUGAAACCACAGACCCCUCGCCCUCUGCUGCAGCAACCUCCGUCCACUUACCCAUCCCUAGACGACCACCUCCCUCUUUCUCCUCGUCCUCUUGUUAUAUGCUUCAGGAGGAAGAGCCGUGGGAGACGUGCCCACCAUUUGCAAAAAUACGGCCCCCUCCCAAAGUUUCCCGGCUGGACAUUGGCAGCACCAGAUUGAUGAGGGACUGUGUGUACCCUCAGCUGCCUCCACUGUGUACAAGGGGGGCACCUGACACCAUCUUUGACCCAGCUGAGGCGGCAGGGGAGGCAGUAAGGCUGGGCUUGUUGGAUGAAGCGACUGGGCUGGUGAUGCCACCACACCUUGGAGCUCCAUUUGGGGAAUUGUCAGAUCCUCUGAGUCUGGAUGUGUCCGCCCAGCCGGAGGGAGGUUGUAUGCCCCUCGAGGUUGGCGCUCAGCACCAGUUACCCCUCUCACCCUCCCCACUUAGUACCUGGACACUUGGGACAAGUGAUACUCUCACCAGCAGAGCUGAUAGGACACAGCGCAGCACGUCUUUUCAUAUCAGCCCCCCCUCUCCAUUACCCACAUCCCCUUCUACCAGGCCUCAGCCUUUCGAUUCCACUCUCUCCUGUUUACAGCCCAGCCUUCAAGCACAAUCCUCUGCACAUGUGAAGACCGGGGACACGUCCCCUCACGCCUCCACCACCUUGUCAGCUCAUCCCCCGCUCCUUCGUGGUGUUAAAGUGGAGACAGCUGGAAAGAGGCCUGAGUUGCUCUCAAAAAGGGAAGCAAGAAGCAUCACUAAGUUGGCCAACCAAGCCUACAAGGAGCCCCUGGGACCUCUGAACAACUCUGAGCUCUUGGCCUCUCUCUCCACAAGGGCCCCAGACAGCAGCAGCGGCAGGGACGACCGAGGAGAGAGUGAGGGACUUGCACUGCCCUCUGCUUCUGACUCAGGACAGGGCAGUCAUGGCUCCAGGCUGCCAUCCAUCCCGACUAACCGGCUCCUUCAGGAUGAUUUCAUCAGACAAAUGUCACCGUUGCCCCGAGCAGCUGCCUCUUACAUGACCACCAACACUAUUGAAUCAUCUGGAGGAGUCAUGGCCUCAUUCGGGAGAAUAGGCACUUCAACCUACCACCUACCUCCAGUCAAGGCUCCCAAUGGCGGCAAGAAGAAGAGCUCUAAGCACUGCUUCCUCUGUGGCAAGAAGACCGGCCUGGCCUCCAGCUACGAGUGCAGGUGCAGUCACAACUUCUGUGCCGCCCACCGCUACGCAGAGACUCACGACUGCACGUACGACUACAAGAGCUCUGGACGGCGAUUCCUGCAAGAGACCAACCCGCUCAUCAGUGCUCCCAAGCUGCCCAAGAUCUAGAACCCACAACCCAAACCUCUAACCAGGGGACGACCAAAACAACCACAGGCUAAAAUGACUGAACGGAGGAGAAUUUACAGACAUUUUAAACAGAAACGAGGCGCUCAUUCACCACCGUGUGCUUUUCUUUUUUCAACAGCCAAGUUUGCUUUAAAAUGAAAAGAAGAUAUUCUGUAAAGCCAAGUGUGAACAAACAAGAGGAGACUGAAGUGGCACAGAACUCAUUAUCACCUCUUGACAAUGUGAACUGUUUAUCCUUUUAAUCUGUUACCUUAUUCUUAUUUCCACUGUGUGAAAACAAAACAACAAAAAAAACCUGUGCAUGUAAGUAGGUAGUUUUUUUUGUUUGGGCUAAAUAUAUCUGCUGCACGUUCAGACAUAUCUAUUUUUAGUUUUGUAAACCUUUUUUUAAACGAAAUAGGACCACUGAUGACUUCUCAUUCGACAAGUCUUUGACAGAUGCACUUUAGAACUAUCAUAUUUAUACAUUUACUUUUCCUUAUUGUGAGGGGGAAGGAUACUUAUAUCUCCGUUUGUCUUAUGAAGGUGUUGUCAUCACCAAGAUUUUUAUAUUCUGCGUUUUUUCUUACACAGGCACAUAUACAUACCAACAUCACUUUCUUAAAAGAGUACAAGACACCGACUUAAUAAUGAAAUGCUUAAUAUUUAUCAAUGAGUUCUACUUAUUUAAAUUCCAGAAUGGUUUUGAAAUAGUAAGUAUGCAAUGUGUGUAGGUGUGAAUGUCAGUUGUAAUCCACAUGCCUAUCACGUGAACUGUAUUAGGAUUUGGGGGCAUGGUUAUGGUAUUUAUGAUGUGUCAGCAGUACAGUGGUUGCCAUAAAAAAAAAUCUUUUGUAAGUCUUUUUUAUUGCUCAGCUGUUGCUAAAACUUAAAAUGCUGUUAAAGUAUCUACAGGGGUUUGAUCUAAUAAAGUUUCUUUUAAGCGUUUGAAUCCAA